GCCUGUGGUUGGGAGUUGCUGGAGUUGGUACCCGGCUCUCAAGGUUCCCUGGAGCGAGGGCGGCAGCGGAGCAGGCCGGGGACGUCUGGAUUUGCUUCAGAACGGGCGGCUUUGAACCUGCACCCCCGGCUCCGUGGGCAGGUACCAUCGUGUGGUUUGAAUCAGAAAUGAAAUCUUCUGAAAGCUAAAAGCAGAAACUUUUUUGGUCAACAUGGAGGACAAAAGACAGCGAGCCCGAGUGCAGGGAGCCUGGGCUGGCCGUGCUAAGAGCCAGGCCAUUGCUCAGCCAGCUACCACUACUGAGAACCAUCUCCAACAGAGACCUGGUCAGACCUGGACUAACAAGGAGCAUCAUCUGCCUGGAAGACAGUUUGUGUUCAGAGAACCCCAGGAGGUGGUACGCAGAGCCCCAGAGCCACGAGUGAUCGAUAAAGAGGGUGUGUAUGAAAUCAGCCUGUCACCCACAGGCAUGUCUAGGGUAUGUUUGUAUCCUGGCUUUGUUGACUUAAAAGAAGCCAACUGGGUAUUGGAACAGCUUUGUCGGGAUGUUCCCUGGAAACAGAGGACCGGCAUCAGAGAGGAUGUAACUUACCAGCAACCAAGACUUACAGCAUGGUAUGGAGAACUUCCUUACACUUAUUCAAGAGUCACUAUGGAACCAAAUCCUCACUGGCAUCCGGUGCUGCUCACACUAAAGAACCAAAUUGAAGCGAACACAGGCCACACCUUCAACUCCCUGCUUUGCAAUCUGUACCGGAAUGAGAAGGACAGUGUGGACUGGCAUAGCGAUGACGAGCCCUCGCUGGGGAGGUGCCCCAUCAUCGCUUCACUCAGUUUUGGUGCCACACGCAUCUUUGAGAUGAGGAAGAAGCCCCCACCAGAGGAGAAUGGAGACUACACGUAUGUGGACAGAGUAAAGAUCCCCUUGGAUCACGGGACCUUGUUAAUCAUGGAAGGAGCCACACAAGCUGACUGGCAGCAUCGAGUGCCCAAAGAGUACCACUCUAGAGAACCAAGAAUAAACCUGACCUUUCGGACAGUUUAUCCAGACCCUCGAGGGGCGGGGCGCACUGCUGAUGUGAGAUCUUUGAGACAGAAGCCAUGCUGAGACUGAGCAGACCUUCCACCAUGAAGAAACUUCCAGAAGCUGCCCAGCUACUCUUGUGGUGUGGCUGUUUGGAAGAUGAGGAUGGUGUUUACUUCCCAGCUUGGAGUCCUGUUAAAUGGCAGCCAGCAGUUCAUGUUUAUAAUAUGGUGACUGAGGGAGCAGUAAUCCCUAACCACACUUCGGAAUCACAUAUUUUCUUUAGGCAAAUUAAAAACUGCUGUGGCUGUGCUCACAGAUGGUUUUGUCCAUAAGCAGUUUUUUCCUGCCCUCUUCCGCUUCAUUUGAAGAAAUAUGAACGGACUUUGCCUUCAGGGUAAAUCUGCACAUGUUUGUUCCCUGUGACUUUAGCAAAGUGGAGAUACAAAUAUGCGUCAGUGACUGGAGCCUUCCGCAGGCAGACAGCUGCUGAAACCCAAACAGAGCUCUGUUGAAGUCUGCCUUGACUCCUAAACAUCUUGGCUUGUGUGCUAUUGUGAUGGAAAGCUGCGUAUUCUGGGAGCACUUUACUUAGCUGAGUCUCCUUGCCUGCCCAUCUUCCCAGGACACACUCGGGCAGGUUAUAGGCCUCUGAAUAAAGAGUGGAAGCAGUGCUCUACGGCAUAUCUUCAAGCAGCCACCUGGACUACUUGGAAUACAAGAGAAAAGUGUCCCCUCAAAGGGAGGAAUAAUUGCAUGAUGUCAUGAGAAAUUUCGGCUGAAGAGCAGCAAACGCCCUGCUGGUGGCAGCUGUUCCACAUAGAUUAGUUCCCCCUGGGGAAUUACUUAAGUCAUUUAAACCCAAGCCAGAUAGGAGAAGGAGCAGUCCUGCAGGGAAUAGACUCAGUUACCUAAUAGUUCUGUUCUCUUUCAAUUUCAGUAACCCUAUGACUAAGGCUUUCUUCUGACUCAGUGCUCUCUUCUACACAAGUUCCCAAGAUUCAAUCAUUAGUCUGUGAUGUCACCAAGGUUCCCAAAACAGAACAGAGGCUGCCCCUCAUUGCAUCAUAAAAGCACUUGUCUUCCUGACCCCUUGACUUAGGAGCAGUGUGCCAGAUCAGUUCCAAACCAAGACAGGGAAACAGAAGAGAAAGAGAAUGGAAUUAAAUAGAUGAAAGUAGGGUGAGAGAGUUAAGAGUUUCCCUUGCUGCCUGUGGGGAAAGUUUACAAAGCCUUCUUGCUUUUGGUCUUGUUUCCAUUCCAUACUGUAAGAUAGAUGAUCCCCAUGAUCAUGAUCAAGUGCCGAAGGCUGGGCAGGCUCUUCCCCAGAACUCAGGUGGAUGCUUUGCCUGGCCAGGCUCCCUUCUCUGACAAGCUCUGUGGCUUCUUGAGUCAGAGUCUCUCUGUUUUUAAAAUGCGGUUGCGUGUGUAUAGCUCCUUUAUCUAAGAAACACUAAAUGCUUUAUAAAAUCUGAGCCUCAUAGGAAGCCUUCCUGUGCGGGAGGUACAAAUCACCAUAACAAUAAAAUCAAACCUCUGUUUAACUCCUAGCUUUCCUCCUAUUCAGACAGACAAAAACUGGCCAGGGUUGGGCAGCCAGCUUUGGUUAUAAGUUGGAUGUAUGACCUGCGGAAAUUCCUCUCCCAUGCCCACAAAUGAAGGUGCCGGCAGAUGACUCCAGGUCUUACCACAUCUCUCCUAGUGCCAGAUCAUGCUCUCCCCUUGCGUCAGCUGCAGAUUUGAUCUCUUCCCUCAUCACUGCCAUGUCUGUCAGGGAAACGAAUUCCCACUCUUCAGCACACAGCUUGGGCCACCACCUGGGUUUCUUCAUCUGAGAGCAACAAUCUUAGGUUUUGUUUCUUGCUGUCAAACACCAGAACUGCUUCUUUCUACCACUAAGAUAAUGUCCCUUCUAAAAUGUCAAGUAGGUACUUGCCAUAAAGUAAAAGUACAGGGUGUAGGACCAGACAGGGAUUCCAGACCCUGGCAAAGGAUGCCCGUGCUCAGUGACUGCUCCAACCUGUUGCUGUGUUUUACUGGUGGUAGAUCUUAACUAGGAAUUAAGGGUGAAGCUCUUUUUUUUUUUUUUUUUUUUUUUGCCAACGUUACUUGUAAAGCAGAGGGGGCAAAUAUAAUGGCUGUAGCAUGAAGAAAAACAGGUUUAGUUUUUUAGCUGCCCCUUUUUUGAGCUUUAAUAAUAACCUGCCAGGACAAUUCAGUAACCAUCCUAGGAACUUUAUACAUAAUCCCUAAUCCUCCCUAAAGCUCUGCUGUUCCCACUGUAGAGACUAGGCAACUGAGCCUCUUAAGUGGUGAGGUCAUUUCAUAGGACUUAAAAAUGGCAGAACCAGAAUGGAAAGCACAGGCUUUCCAUUUCCAAUUCUGCAUGGCAGAAUUUAGGUGGAAUAAUCUACUGGGCAACCCCAGGCCCCUGAGCCUCAGAGCUUGCUCCUGCAGAGCCGGUGACCCAAGCUCACCCUAGUGCCCUGCUGGCCAGGCUGACUGACAGGCCACUUCGUUUGUCCCCUGGCUUUCCUGUGCACCAGGGCAGGCAUCUGCAUCUCAUCCCUCCUUAAUCAGCUCUAGCAUCUCUUAGAAACUCUGCCACCAACUGGACUGGCAUUGUCCGUUGUACUGAGGGAAGCUCAUUUUGAGGGGACACAAUCCAAUUUAUGGCAAAAUAGACAAAUUCUCAUCCAACCUUCCUGGCAAGUGACAAAACAGAGUUUCCUGACCAUACCCAAGCAAACUUCUAGAGGUAGGCAAGUGGGCCUUCCUCCCUUUGUUUUCACCUGUGAGACUUCUGGGGACUUUGCCCAGACUCAGCACCAGGCUUCUUCCUGAGGCUGACCAACACCACGACUGAUAAGCCGACAGCCUAGAGACGCAGGUCGGCUGCACACUGAAAACUUGUUGACAACAGGCAGCUUGCCUCAAAAGCGCAGGUUGGAACAGUCUGACACUUACCAUCAGAUUGUAUCCUCAGUAUUAAAAUCACGAUCUGCGUAGUUGACUAAACCACUAACCCACGUGGCGUUGAUGAUUCCUAAUAAGUUUGGGUCACGGGUCGUAAGCCUGCCAUUUUCUGUGGGGCUCCCUGCUGCCUCCAUGGCUUCUGUGACCUGCCCUCGCAAGUGGCGGAUCUGUCUGGACCUGGUCAGUAAGUGGCACUGUCUCCUGACUUUUGUCAUAGCAACCCCAGAAGAGUUAAGUGGGCCCUGUAGUGAGCAGAAUGCUUCAGCUGGAGGGUUUCAGAGAAAGCCCUGACACAUGAUGGGUCCCUGCCCUGCUGGGAAUAUUUCUUCCUCGAGUUCUGGCAGCUUUUACUUGGCUGCAGAAUAUCUAAGGCCCACUUUGCCUUUUCUGGUCAUAAACACUUGUAGGGUUGAAUCUGGAGUCUUGAUUGCUUUAUUUUCUUAACUAUGCCUUUGAAAAAGCCGAAUGUUUCCAUAGUGAUGCAUUCUGUUUGUUUAAAUCUUUACUUAUACGUGGCUCCACCCACAUGUUCUCAGAGGGACCUAGUCUACAACUGUCCCCUUACCCUAUACCCCUUACCCCUUCCCAUUUUCUCUUUGCAAGGAACCCUUCCCUGGAUGAGACCCUUGUCAGUUUUAUGCUGCUGAAAUCCAUUCUUAGAUAUGUUGAUUCCUGUGUCUGAGGGUCAACAGGGAAAUUAUUUUGAUGUUUAUUAAUGAGAGUGGAACACAGGCUAAUGGUGUCUUUUCUAGCUGGCUUAGUGCUGCUGUGCCAAAUUAGAAAAGUCUUCCCCAGCCUGUGAAUAGAGCCCCGUGCUGGGCUGGGCUUUCUGCUGGGUGUGGGGGCCAGUGUCAGAGAGGAGUGUAGGAAAACAGGAUAAAUUAGGUAGUGUUUUUGUAGCCAGCAUUAAUUAACCAAAAGAUAGUUUUCUCAAAUGAGCCAACUUGGAGCUGACCAGGGUAUGUGUGCCAAUGUUACCAUUACAGUUAUUUCUAGGUUAUCACUCCCCCUCCAUGUAAUGGUGAUGUCAUAUUCCCUGGACACCAGGGACAGUCCCUAUUCUCAUGUGGCCUCCAAGAGUGUGGACAUGCUCAGGCAGGAUCCUGGCUUCUGACCCCAUAAGCUUUUAACUCUGGACACACAUUCUGGGUUUCUAAAAGUGAAGGAAAGGUUUAAAAGCCAGGAGGAAGCAUAGUGUUUCCUGGGCCUGUUACAUACAUAAUCUGAUUUAUUCCUAAAAGCAACCCAAUGAGAUGGUUGGUUUUUUUAAAAUAGAUAAGGAGACUGAGGUACCUAGAGGACAGAUCAGAUCCUGAGAUCGGGUGUCCCUGGUGGGCAGGCAUUUAGUAUGGUCUCUGGGCCUCCCCUAGCCCUGGCCCCAGGCCGUCAGUGGCGGGUGGGGGUGGGGGCAGCCGCAGUCAGAGUACCCUGGGGCUGGAGGAACUGCUUUUUUGGCCCCUUUACCGGCCAGCCAGCAAAGCCUCAGGUUCUUGCCUGGGAGCCUGGAAGCUUCUCCCCGUGGGGUGGGAGGCAGGAGGAAGUGGUGGGCCAGGCGCGGAGCUCUUGAGGGCCGCGUGAUCAGGUUGCAAUUAGCCGCCCACUGCAGGAAGGGCGUGGGCGAGCGAGCGCUGUGACAAACGCCUGCCGCGCACCGCCUGUGAUGCUCCAGACGCCCCUGAAAGGCAAACGUGAGCCCUCGGCAGGCACUUGGCGGCGGCAGCGGCGGAGGCGGAAGGUCUGCCCCUCCUUCCCAAGAGGCUGCAGCGGGAGGGUCCUCCCCCCCACCCUCCGCUGCUAGGUCGCUCUUAUGACAGUCUGUGCCUCUGCUAUCAGGUCCCUCCCUGCCCUCCUUGUCUGCACCUGGAGAAUGGGCCUGGGUGGGACCAUUUAGGAAGGGAAUCCACACCCUCCAAAAAGCGAUUUGGGUUGAGAGCUGCUGUAUCCUCCUUGCCUAAAGAAUGUUUGUGGGAUGAGGGGAUGAAGGAUGCUGUGGGGCCUCCCAAACUCUGUCCUGGGAUAUUCGAGCUGCUGGCCACCCACCCAGGCAGGACCCAGGAGAGUCAGGGAGAGGAAGGGGUCCCUACAGAAGGGUCUCUUUCAUGCCCUUGUUGGUUAGAGAAAACUUUUCUGGAAUGUUUUCUCUGAAAAUGUAUCAAGGGAUUAGACACUAAGUUAUUCCCUGUCCCCCUCUCUCUGACGCUAACCGUUAGCCUCUGUUCACCUGGUGUGAGAAGGAAAGGUGGACACUUAGCCUCGAGGCAAAAAUCAGGGGAGGAAGUCUGAAUGUGGGGCUUCCCUCUCACUGCCCUCCCCCACCCUCAGCCUGCCUCCCAGAACAGCCUCCUGCCCUGUGCUCGCAGCAGGGGGGCCAGAGAGAAGAGCUGGAGGACUCUUGCCCACGCCUUGCCCUUUGCCCCCGGAAGUCCUGUGAGGGUGUAGGUUAGGAACUACUCUCCCCAUUGGACAGAUGAGAAAACUGAGACCCCGAGGAGUUGAGUGCUCAUCUGAGGGCCACCCAGGGAAUGCGGCAGAACCAGCAUGAAGGCCCACAACAAGCACCUCAGUCAGUGUUCUUAUCACCACUCAAGUUCUGUGACCUCUUCUGAGAUCCCCAUCUAGAAGCAGAACCUGGUGACAAGAGGGAACAUGGGUACACAUAGCCCUGGAAGGUCGCAGUGCCUACUGGGGCAGCCCUUCAAGGAGUGGUAUUGACAGUCCCUGUGCCGCACCAGCCAGGUGGCUUGAUGCGUGGCAAGGAUCCCUGCUGCAGCUCAAGGUAGCAUUCUCCUGCCAAAAAUAGCGCAAGCUGAGCUCUGCACCAAUUGCUCAGGGGAGUUAGCUGGACAGUUUCAGGCAAGACUGGCUCAGAUCCACCUUUGCAGGGCGGACCGUGCCACUCAUAUCUCAGAGCUGCCUGCAAGGGUGGAGUUAGGAAAGAACUAUGACACCUCACUCUGCCACAGCCUCCACAUAUGUCAGACUGACCGCAGAGCCCUUGUGGAUAUAGCCGCAGCUUGAGUCAGGCCGACCUGGGCUUGAAUCCCACUCUGCCCUUCCUAGCUGAGUCACCUUGGACCCAUCACUCAGCCCCCAAGCCUCAGUCUCCUCAGCUGUGAAAUGGACACAGAAGCAGCAACCUCCCCAAGAUCCUGUGAGGGUUGAGAUCAUGAAUGUGACAUGCCUGACAGUAAUGUGCUUACUAAUGUAAUUGUUUUGAGUGGGACAUUCCACAUGCCCUGCUAGCCCCGACCCUCAUGCUGGGUGGGCGAUCCCGGUGUGACUGAUGGAUGGCCUUGUGACCCCAAUCUUUCCCUUUGUCGGGCUCCCUGGAUCCCUGAACCUCUGUUGCAGUCAGCGAGGGGAGGAAGGGCAAAAUGGAAAUUGUGCUGAAAGAAGCUGAUCAUAUUAAGGUCCAGCUGCACUUAGGUGUCUCCUGGGAAGUUCUCUAGGCCGAGCUGAAGACGACUCCCAGAUGCCAAAGUGGCCUCAUAUCAAGACCUGGUCGUUCUCUGCAGCCCCGCCACAUGCUCCCCAGAUAAUUGGUCUCCUAAUGCACCAGCCCUGGCCUGGUUCCAGCGCCUCUUGCCCCGCAGGUCAGUUCACCAUGUUUCCCAGCUGGGUGAGCAGGUCACAGACCAGUCUGACGCACCCCAGCCAGUCGCAUUGUUUUCUUGUCCCUGCAGGCCAUUUCUAGAGUCUGUACAGAACGCCUUGGCCUGAAAGAGUAAACAAGAUUGCCAGGCUGGGAUUCUGUUCAAGACCAGGGCUUUUAUGUCCAGAAAUUGUGUGUUAGAUGCUGUGGGGAACACAUAAAAGGAAGACACAAUCCCUCCUAUUAAAGAUGGAAAUAAACUGACAUGGCUUUUA